AUGCCUGAGUAUGACUCUGGACCCCAUCUUCUAAGAGAUGUCUGGGCUCUCACGGCUGUUGCCAUACUCGUGGUGAUCUUGAGAUUCGUUGCGAAAUUGAGAGUUGGAAAAUUCGGACCGGAUGAUUUGCUUAUGGGCUUUGCACUGUGCUUAGCUACGGUCGGAUCUGUCAUGACUACGAUCGGCAUCCAGCAUGGAUUUGGCCAAGAGGUAGACGAUAUUAGCACCGUCAAUGUCCCUAAAGUCAUCAUGUAUGACUACCUUGCACAGACAUUUGCGCUGGCGGGUGGGGCACUAGGGCGAGUUUCGUUCAUUGUUUUCGUCAUCGGCCUGCUUGUGUCCAGGCAGUGGCAUCGAGUUGUGUUUUGGGGGCUUGUGGCGAUGCAAUUGAUAGUGAACUCCAUGUUUAUCAUCAUCCUGUUUGUGCAAUGCCCCGAACAUGCGUCUGCGAUUUGGGAGCAUUCUGAGAAAUCGAAAUGCUGGAACACUCGAGUGCAGGCUUAUUAUGGAUAUUUCCAAGGAGCUUUCAACUCGGCAACGGACCUUUAUCUGGCCGUCUUUUCAACCUGCAUAUUCUGGACAUUGAAUCUGAAGCUAAGAGUGAAGCUGGGCUUGGUUACUCUACUUGGACUAGGAGUUUUUGCAAUGGUCGCCGCUAUCAUACGAACUGUUCAAACACGCGUCCUCGCAUCUUACGACAUGGACCCGACGAUUGCAACGAUAGAUUACGACCGCUGGCUAUACAUUGAGACUUAUCUGGUGAUAAUCACGGCAUCAGUCCCAUUUCUUCGAUCUUUAGUGCGAUCGAUGAAGAGUCCAUCAACGAGCAGGAAUACGCACGAACUAAGCUCUCCAUAUGUGGCUAGCUCUAGUGCACACACGGCCCGGACCAGAAAGCGCGACUCGUCGAUUGAUGGGAAAAGGAUAAUCAAUGACUCUGGCAAUCUGAGCAACGACGCUUUCUACGAUGGCCAUGACGAUGUACACGACUCAAGGUAUUCGAGAGAAUCUGUUAUAAUUUGUGUUUAG